CCGAUCUGCUGGUCAGUAUCAACGCAGCUCGACUGCCGGAGAGUCGCUAGCAUGUUCCUAACGUCGUUAUAAAUGGCGCUUUUCAAAGGGAAAUUACAUCAGCGCUUGCUGUUCUUGUUGCUUUUUCUUCCGACCUCAGGUAUUUUAUGCUUUAGUGAGUUAUUUUUCGUCAAGGAGCCCCGUGAUGUCACUGUCAUGCGCAAAGAAUCUGCGGUUUUGGACUGUCAAGCUCGGGGAGAGGCGCCCAUCGAUGUUCGGUGGCUGAAAAAUGGAGUUAAGCUGGUGGGGAACGAACGAGUGUCCCUGCUUUCCAACGGCUCCCUUUAUAUUUCGGAGGUGGAGAGCAGAAGAGGAGACAAAUCAGAUGAAGGGUUCUACCAGUGCCUUGCUCAGAACAAGUAUGGAGCAAUCCUGAGCCAGAAAGCCCAUCUGACAAUCGCAAGUAUCAACUCAUUUGCAAUCCAGCCAAUGUCCAUGGUGGUAACUGAAGGCUCAGUUGCCAGAUUUUCUUGCAAAAUCAGUGCACACCCUCCCCCUAUUAUCACUUGGGAGUUCAAUCGGGUCACGUUACCCCUGGCCACUGACAGAAUCACAGUCCUGCCCAGUGGUGUUCUCCAGAUUCACGGCGUGAAGCGUGCGGAUGCUGGUAAUUACCGCUGUAUCGCCACCAACAUCGCCAGUCGCCGUAGAAGCGCAGAGGCGACCCUCACUGUCACUGCAGGUCUGAGCCCCCGCCCUCCUCAAAAGCCUCAAAUCAUCGCCGGGCCUCAGAAUAUUUCAGUGUCCUUGCACCAGAGUGCUGUGUUAGAGUGCUUGGCCACCGGACAUCCCCGGCCCAUCAUCUCCUGGAGCCGAGCCGACAGCAAGUCUAUCGACGUUUACAACACCAAAGUGUUGGGAAAUGGCAACCUCAUUAUCUCUGACAUCAAGCCGCAGCACGGAGGAGUCUACAUGUGUCGAGCCACGACUCCUGGAACAAGGAACUACACCGUGGCCUCGGCAAACGUCACCGUACUUGCACCUCCCUCCUUGGUAGAGUGGCCAGAGAGCCUGACUCGUCCCCGCGCAGGGACAGCCAGAUUUGUGUGUGAAGCUGAUGGGUUUCCAAGCCCUCAGAUCACUUGGCUGAAGAACGGAGAGACGAUUCACUCAAAUGGCCGCAUCAAGAUGUACAACAGCAAACUGGUUAUCAACCAGAUCAUUCCGGAAGACGAUGCCAUCUAUCAGUGCCAGGCAGAGAAUGAGCAGGGGUCCGUCCUGGCCAUGGCGCGGCUCAUCGUGGUGAUGUCAGAAGACCGUCCGAGCGCUCCGAGGAACAUCAGAGCGGACACGGUGUCGAGCUCCGCCAUCCUCCUGGCUUGGGAGCGACCACUUUUCAACUCGGAUAAAGUCAUCGCAUACUCUGUGCACUACAUGAAAGCAGAAGGAUUAAACAACGAAGAGUAUCAAGUUGUCAUUGGAAACGAUACGACCCGAUACAUCAUUGAAGACCUGGAGCCAGCGCGCAACUACACCUUCUAUGUGGUGGCCUACAUGCCGAUGGGUGCCAGUCGCAUGUCGGACCACAUGUUCCAGCACACACUCGAGGAUGUUCCUCUCCGUGCCCCUGAGCUCAGCCUCACCAGCAACAGUCCCACUGACAUCCAGGUCUCGUGGCAGCCUUUGCCAGAGAAGCUGAGUCGUGGCCGCGUCACUGCCUACCGCCUGUCCUAUCGCACCACUGCGGAGAGCACGGCCUCACAGGUGGAUCUACCUGGUGGGACCACCAAACAUCUUCUUGAAAAGCUGCAGCCUGACACCAUCUACCUCCUGCGGUUAGUGGCAUCCACCAGUGUGGGAUGGGGGGAGCAGUCGGCAUGGACCUCCCAUCGCACGCCGAAAGCCUCCAGUGCUCGAGUUCCCCUGGCACCUGAGAUACACUUGGAGCCGUUGAACUGCACCACAAUACUAGUGCGAUGGAGACUUGCUGCCAGGAAUUCGGCCAGCAUGCAAGGAUAUAAGCUUUUCUACCAUGAGGAAAGCCGGUCUGAGAACGCCCCGGUUCAGCUGCGGGCCUCGGAUAACACCUACACCAUUGGAGGACUUGACCCACGAAAGAAGUACCAUGUGAAGCUUCUGGCUUAUAACUUUUUGGGAGACGGCUACCAGGCAGACCAGACUAUCAGCACCCCAGGAUGUGUCUCUGUUCGAGAUCGGCUGGUUCCUCCUCCACCACCGCCACACAAUGUGUACGCCAAGACAAACAGCUCCACUUCUGUGUUCCUGUACUGGGGUCGGCCAGCCUUCACCUCCAGUCACGCGGUGAACUACACCGUCCGCUGCAAUCCGGUCGGCCUGCAGAACGCCUCCCUUGUGGUCUACCUGCAGACGAACAAGCAGAGCAUCCUGGUUCAGGAUCUAGAGCCCAACACCAAAUAUGAGUUUGCCAUUCGUCUUCAUAUCAAUCAGCUGUCGAGCCCCUGGAGUCCCGUGGCCUAUCAGAGCACCUUUCCUGAAGCUCCAACGCUGCCCCCGUCCAACGUGAAAGUGACUCUGAUCGAGCAGGACACGGCUCUGGUGUCGUGGAAGCCUCCAGAUGAGGCCAACCUGGCGGUCACACAUUACACCAUCCUGUACGCCUCCAGGAACGCCUGGAUUGCCGGAGAGUGGCAGGUGCUGCAGAGAGAAGGGAGCAUCACCAUGGCUCUGCUAGAACACCUCAAGCCCCACCAGUUCUACGUGGUCAAAGUCUCGGCCUCCAACAGCAUGGGCGACGGUCCGUUCUCACCAAUGGUGGAGCUGCGCUCCGAUCAGUCGUCCGGUCACAAUCCUCGGGGAUUCUCAGGGUCGGCGAAUGGGUUCUCCGACGGAUUUUACCACUUGGACCAAAGGUCGAUGACAGGAAUCACAGUGGGCGUCUGCAUCGCGCUCAUCUGCAUCAUCAUCUGCGCGUUCAUCAUCGUCUGCAGAGGAAAGAACAGGAAAUCUUCUGCUGUUAAGCUCUACAGGGAAGGAAUGAACCCGUCUGCCUCAGCAGCUAGUGCAGAGGGACAGGCGGAGAGCAGUGACGUGUCGGUACCAAUGAUGGAGCAGAACCAUUUCAUUGACGCAAAGGGUGGAACGAAUCUCAUCAUAAAUUCUUUAGGUCCUGUUCAACCUGUGGAGAAGAAGAAGAGAUGGUUUUCCUUCAGCAGAGAUGAGAAGAAGGACAGGAAAGCAACACAGAACUCCAGCCAUGGCAUCAGCCCCUUCCAACCGCACUCCACCGUGUUGUCCUUCGAGGAAGACCUGUCCAACGCUUCGGAGCAUCCUGCCACGCUGCAGGCUCUGCUGGGACACCUGGGCGACUCCGAGGGCUCGUCCAAUAGCGAAGGCAGCCACGCCACAGGCGACUCCGGGCGCUACUCGCACGACGAGACAGAGAUGACCAUCCUGCUGUCCAGUCCCAACAGCCGCCUGCCGUCUCUCACCACUGAGGACAGUGGAGGCUCCGAGUGCAGCAGCAGUGCUGCCGACCUGUCGGGCGAACAGAGAGAAAAGACUGAGUGUGUGGAGUCGCUGGAGAAGGACUGUAGCUGUCAAGAUGAGCAGCACAGAUCACAGCCUGCCUUUUCACAUUGAGUGUGUGUGUGUGUGCGUGCGCGUGAGCUUUACCACUAAACAGUAUUCAGAAGCGGCUUUCCUCAAAUACUAUGUACUAAUGUGGUGUGUGAAUGGGAGAAACAGAAGCGACGCUUCUGAGGUGUCAUUUUUCCAAAACAGGAAGUCGAUCAGCGUUGGCAGCGUCGCGUUCCUUCGCUGCUGUCCUCGUGUGUGUGUGUGUGUGUGUGUGUGUGUGAGUGUGUGUGUGUGUGUGUUUGAAUGAAAUCUCACCCACCGUGAAUGUUGAACAGAUUGUCAUGAAGGUGACACUUCUGAUGUUAUUUAAGAGUUUUAUCACUGGAGCGAAAAGGGAAGUCCUUUUUGCUGUUUAUCUACCUCUGCUGCGUAUUUAAGAACCACUUAUACCUACGUUAUGUUUCACUGACAUAACCGAUUCUACUUCCUGGCGGCCGUCUCCGAGGGUCGCCCCAUUUCCUUUGUGUUGUGAUUUGCUGGAUGGUGAGGGCGCGGCAGUUAAAGCUCUUCACUUCUUCCACUGCUUUGUUGGCUGAAAUGAAGAGGCAGCUGCCCUUGCUUUUCCAUAUGAUACUACCUCCAGAUUAUUUUAUUCUUGUUUUCCUAAACUCAGGGAACAACGUUUAGUACAUUUAAAACGCCAUGUGGUGUUUCAUGGCGAGCUGACAGGGUAUCUCAGUACUAAACUGUAUGUGUGUGUGUGUGUGUGUGUGUGUCCUACAAUGAAUGUAUUGCGUGUGCCGCCCUGGCGGCGUCCUCUCAGGUCCUAUCACGUCUGUCCUCUUGUUUUGUGAAGAGUCGCUCACCUGAAGUGCUUGCGGUGACUAUUUCGGUACAGAAAAGCUUUACAGUUGGACCCACGCAGGGUCGCAACACAUGAAGAAUGAUGCUAGAAGUGAUGAAUCAGAGUUGAAAGUGAAGAAUUGAAUGAACAAAAGUAGAAACUCUAUAUUUUUGUUAGACGAUUUGUACUACUGAGUACACAUUGUAGUGCAUUUACGUAGUUUUGUUUGUUUUUCUCUAGAGUAGAAGAAGAGUAGCACUUGUCUGCAGAGUAGUUUCCUAAUAGCAGCCAAUGUGCAGUGGUGACUGACAAACAAUUGUUUGCUACAUCGGUCUCUCAACUAAUCUCUGGAAGAAGGUUACUGGGGAAUUGUAAUCAAACAUUAGACCAAAGAUGAAAACGUGGCCUUGGAGAUGAGUCGAGCUCCUAGAACGAAGCCUUGCACAUAAGUGACCUUGACCCUCAGCAGAGUGCAGAGAGCUGUGGGUUCAAACUCUGGAGAACGUGCCGUCGCGGUCUGGCGGCAACUUCAAGAGACAGAGUGACAAUGAGAUGAUGCACACAAACCAAAUAAUCCAGUCGGGGAGCUCCUCCAAAACUGCUGCGAGCAGACUUGUGUACAUUUUAGGUGAAAUUAAUGAGAGUUAUAUACAGUUUAUUAUGACGUUUCAAAGUCUGUGUUGCAGCAGUGCAGCUGUGUGGACACGUUUGCUCCCACAGAUUCAAAUGAAUGGGUGAACUGUUGAUCUUGGUUUUCAGUCUCCAAACAUUCAGUGGGAGCACAGUGGGUUCAGCCUGGCUGUUUCUAAUCAGAGGAUGCGGAUGAGGAGUCAAUCAUGGGAGAAUUUGGAACGACACAAUCAGCAAUUUGUUUUAAAGCAAACAAUGGAAACCAAAGAUUUUCUUUUUAGGAAUGAAGGUCACCGUUGCAUAUUGGCAUGUAAUCAGUUCUGAAACUUCCUAUAUGUGUUGUCCAUGUUCUGAUACUUUUUGUUUUGUUUUGUUUCGUGAGUUUAUUGCGAUUUUAUGAGCUUUUUGACAACAUGUUUUGAAUGAAUUUCAUGAAAACAAAUGUGUUUCUCUGCGGCCUCUCAGGAGAUAAAAUUAAUUGUGCAGACCAGCAAGUACACACUGGUAGCUUAAAACAUAAAGAGCAGAAAGAGCUUAUACCAUUUUUUAAACAACACUUUAUCUCCCGAAAGGCUUCAAACAGUCGAAAUAUGUGAAUUUAAAGGGAUUUAAAAAAUAGAGUCCACAUGCUUGAACACAUUCUUCAGCAAUAAUGUGUUGUGUUUGUAUUAGUGUGGUCAGCUGCUGAAGGGAGGUGGCAUGGAGGGUCACUAUCACAUUUGAACUCAGGGGAACCCGAAGCUGCCCCUCACCAAGGAGAAGGCCACGUCCACGUGUUAAUGAUUGAAUGUAACUUUUGUAAUUGACAUGUUUUAUGUUGUUGAUCUUUUUUUUCAGACAAAAUCAACGUUUUUUUUUGCCAAAAAUGUAUAAAGAGAGAAUUGUAAGACUGGCUAAUUAUUAUUAAGUCUGAUUCUCCAUUCAA